AUGCGAUCCCUUCAACGUAUAUUUACCCAAUUAUCUUUUAAAACCAACAUCAAAACCCUAAACCUCAGGGUUUUAUCAGAUUUACCAAAACGUUUUUCCACUGAAAAUGGAAGCGGCAAUAACAACGAUGAUAAGAAAGAACCCGAUUGGGCGGCCCAUUUCGGUGGGACGGGGUCGUUCAACUCCGACCCGUUGGGAUGGGACGUGGGUCCGUCCUCGUGGUCAACUGGGCUAACGAAGGAGCACUUUGACGGUGAAGUCGUUGGGCAGCAGGUGGAACCUGGUUCGGAUCGAGGUCGGACUAGUGGCGGUGGCUCGGGACAGAAUCGGGGCGGUGGCUCGAGUCAGAAUCGGACUGGGAACUGGUAUUCGGAGGCUAGGUGGACGGACAUGGAGUUGGCGAAGGUUAAGGAGUUAGAGGCAGAGAACCGCAGGGGAAAGGCGUUUGUGGAUGGCUGGGAUGAUAGAAUGAAAGAAAUGACUGAACUGAUGAAGCAGGUGAGGGAGCCAGGUGCAAGAGGGUCAUAUUUGAAGGAUUCAGAGAAGGCAGAGAUGUAUAAAAAGCACAAGGAAAACCCAGAGUUAUACACUGUGGAGAGGUUGGCAAAAGAAUACAGGAUUAUGAGACAGCGGGUGCAUGCGAUUUUGUGGCUGAAGGAGCUUGAGGAGGAGGAGGAGAAGAAGCUUGGCCAGCCCUUGGAUGAUUCUGUGGAGCUCUUGCUCGAUACCUGCCCAGAGUAA